AUGACGAACCAAAAUGUGGUGGCUCCUGAUGUUAUUAACACGCUUAUGCUGACAGUGCCCGAUUCCCUGGCUGUGCUUGGUGGGUUUUGGAGCUUGCCCCAUAAGAAUCUUAUGAGAAGGUUGGAAGGAGCUAAAGUUAGUGCUUGGAUUGAUUCAAUGAGAGCUUCUUCCCCAACUCGUGUAAAAUCAGAAAACCAAGAAAAACGAUCUUGGAUUCUUUAUCAUCCUUCAGCGCUGAACGUGUUUGAUCAGAUAAUAUGCAAUUCCAAAGGAAAGCAGAUUGUGGUUUUUCUUGACUACGAUGGAACUCUCUCCCCUAUUGUUUCAGAUCCAGAAAAAGCUUUCAUGUCUAGAAAGAUGAGAGCCACGCUAAAGGGCAUAGCAAGACAUUUUCCCACAGCCAUCGUGACGGGAAGGUGCAGAGACAAGGUGUAUAGCUUUGUAAAAUUGGCAGAACUGUACUAUGCUGGAAGCCAUGGCAUGGACAUCACUGGACCAACAAAAAGCCAAAGCCCAAAGAAAGGUAAUAAUAAAGCAGUGCUGUUUCAACCUGCGAGUCAAUUCCUGCCCAUGAUCGACGAGGUGUACAAGAUCUUGCUAGAAAAAACAAAGUCUGUCCCAGGGGCUACGGUUGAGAACAAUAAGUUUUGCUUGUCCGUGCACUUCCGUUGUGUUGACGAAAAGAGCUGGGCAACGUUGGCGGAGAAAGUUAGAUUGGUGCUCAAUGAAUACCCACAACUUAGGCUAACCCAAGGGAGAAAAGUGCUUGAGAUCCGUCCAACAAUCAAAUGGGACAAGGGCAAGGCUCUUGAAUUUUUGUUAAAAUCGUUAGGAUACGAGAAUUCUAAUGACGUAUUCCCAAUCUAUAUCGGUGAUGAUCGAACUGAUGAGGAUGCUUUUAAGGUUUUGCGCAGUAGGGGUCAAGGAAUUGGGAUUCUCGUUUCUAGAGUUCCAAAAGAAACAGAUGCUUCCUACACCUUGCAAGAUCCAUCAGAGGUCGAGCAAUUCUUGCGGCGUUUGGUGGAGUGGAAAAGAUCGAGUAGUGUAAGUCCAAAAAGUGCAUAG